UUGCCUAUCGCGUCUUGUCGUAGAAUAUGUAUUACAUAGGGUGUUAUGUACUGACUCUGUUGUGAUCAGUUGUGAUGUAGUGUACAAUUGUAAUAGUACAUUGAACCUAGGUCCUCUGGCUCUUGUUAUGUGAAUUCUAAGACAUAUAUUUGAGGUUAUGUGUGUACAACUUUAAUGACAACUUUUUUACCGGAACUACAACGGGAAACCCCUUCUUGACAUUUUAGCACUUUGCCUUCAAAGUAUAGGUACCAAAAUGUUUCUGGAAUACUCCGAGAAUUACGUACAUAGAAAACCGUCAACUGAAAAAACCCAUAGCUGCACAGUCUGUCCAUACUUCACAACAUCAUUUUUUCUGAUGGUGAAUCACACGAGAAAUCACCACCUAUCAUCAUUUCCGCCCUUCAACUGCGAAAAUGCAAACAUUGAACCAUAUUACUGCAAAGACUGUGAUUUCCAAACCCAAUUAACUCUUCAUUUCAAAGAUCACAUUCAAAAGCUUCAUAAAAUUAAAAAAGAAAUGAUAUUGGAUUUCACAAUUAAAAAUUAUAAUUGUGACAAGUGCAACUUUGAGACACACUUUUCACUUAAAUGGUGCCAACACAUGGUAAUGUGUUUUGGAAAUGAAGAAAACACACAACUAGUGAAGCGUGAACAAAAUUUUGUUACCUGGCAAAAAUGUGAUCAAUGUGAGUACACAUGCCAGCGGAAAUACUCUUUGAAGAUACACAAAAUUGCAAAACAUUUGAAUGAUGAUGAUAUAUUCUGGUAUCAAUGUGCAAAAUGCCCAUACAAAUCUAAAAGGAAAUCUCAUUUAAAAACACACGUCUACUCACAGCACACAGAUGAAACAAGCAUCAAGUGGUAUGCAUGUGACAAUUGUUCAUACAAAAGUAAACAUAAUUCCGACUUGAAAAAACAUGUAAGUCGGCAUCAUUUUGAUAAACAUAAUAUGUGGUUUGAAUGCCGAAAAUACCCAGAUAAUACAGACGACUUAGAUGAACAGGUUAUUAAGAUGUAUAAAUGCAAAAAAUGCUCAUAUACGACAAAAAACAUAUCCCAUAUGAAAGAUCACAUAAACGCAAAUCACUUGGAAGAGCAGGACAUUAAAUGGUAUAAAUGUAAAAUGUGUUCACACAAGUCUAAACAAAUGUCCAAUUUGAAAAGUCAUAUAAACACAAAUCACUUGGAUGAAAAAGAUAUUAAAUGGUAUGAAUGUAAAAAAUGUCCAUAUAAAACUAAAAAAAACUAUAAUUUAAAAAAGCACGUAAAUGCGCAUCAUUUGGAUGAGAAGGAUAUUGUAUGGUACGAGUGCCAAAAUUGUUCAUUUAAAGCUAAACAAAGAUCGACUUUAAAUAGACAUAUAAAAGCACACCAUUUAGGGGAAAAACGUGUCAAGUGGCAUGAAUGCAAAAAGUGUCCAUUUAAAACUAAAGAAAAUUGGACUCUAAAGAACCACACAAUUACAUAUCAUUUAGAAGAUAAAGAUGUAAGGUGGUAUGAAUGCAAAGAGUGUCCAUACAAAUCCAAACAUACGACUAAUUUGAAAAAUCAUAUAAACGCACAUCACAUGGAUAGAGAAGAUAUUAAAUGGCAUAGGUGUGAAAAGUGUGCAUACAAAUCUAAACAAAUUUCUAAUUUAAAAACUCACAUCAAUAUACAUCAUGUAGAUGAGCGGGAAAUGAAAUGGUACGGAUGCAAAAAGUGUCCCUAUAAAGCCAAGAAAAAAUAUAAUUUGAAGAGACACAUAAAAACGCACCACUUUAAUGAAACGAAUACCAAAAAUUAAUCAUCCACACAGAAAUUAACUGAAAUUGUAAAAAACCUAUAAUAUAUUUGAUACUGUGA